GCAGAAGGCGUUCAUACGUACAUUCAGAUAUGUAAUGUUAAAAAAACAAACAAACAAAAAACCUAGACACAAAUAUAAUCAAUGCAGCAACUAAUAGCGAAACACAGUAAAGUCGUUAGUGUGUGCAGCCUAUGGGAUUACGUCUCUGUUUCCUAGCAACCGACGUGUUGACGAGCGUAGUUAGCGAGCUGUAGCUGCUGUUGGGCUAACGUCACAUACAUGGGUUUUCGGGAUAUUUCAAUUUAAUACGGCUAUUAAUUUGCAAUUUUCUUUGGUAAGCAAACUGCUCUGUUAACUAGAUGGAGAACGUGCAUCUUGUCCCAGAGGAAGAGGAGGAUGAUUUGUAUACUGGCUACAAUGAUUACAAUCCGACCUUUGACUCAGAGGACCUUCACAACGAUGUGGGCUUUCAGCAGGCAGUCAGGACUAGUCAUGGCAGAAGACCACCAAUGACUGCAAAAUAUCCUGGUACUGCUAUUGGAGGACGGCCGAUUGGAACAGCUUAUGGGGAAGACAGCUGUCAGGGCAGGAAAGGUGAAGGUCUCCAAGAGUCUCGGAUGCCUGUUGGCACUGCUAUGGGAAGGCCUAUGACUGGAGCUGUUCAGGACGGUGCGGCUCGCCCCAUGACUGCAGUGCGAGCAGCAGGAUAUUCUUCAUCUAUAGCUAGAGGCUCAGUGUUUGAUCCACUGGGACAGUCAAAAGGACCAGCCCCUCCAUUAGAGACAAAGAAUGAAGACACUCCAGAGGAGAAGAUAAAGAUCCUCGAAAAGAAGGUGAAUGAUUUGAUAGAGGAGAGCUGUCUUGCUCAUGCUCGUGGGGAUCUUCAGCUGUCUUUAGAGAAAGCCAAGGAGGCUGGCAGGAAGGAGAGGGCUUUGGUGAGACAGAGAGAACAAACAGGCACCGCAGACCACAUAAAUCUGGAUCUGACCUACUCUGUGCUGUUUAAUUUAGCAAACCAAUAUGCCAGUAAUGACAUGUACACUGAAGCCUUGAACACUUACCAAGUCAUUGUGAAGAACAAGAUGUUCAGUAAUGCCGGACGACUGAAAGUGAACAUGGCAAAUAUCUAUUUCAAGCAAAAGAACUACACAAAGGCAAUCAAAUUUUACCGCAUGGCUUUGGAUCAGAUCUCAAAUGCCCACAAUACAAUGAGGAUCAAGAUCAUGCAGAACAUUGGAGUUGUGUUCAUACAUAUGGGCCAGUACUCAGAUGCCAUCACAUCCUUUGAGUACAUCAUGAGCGAGAGCCCCAACAUAAAGACUGGCUUCAACCUCAUCCUGUGUUACUAUGCCAUCGGAGACCGGGAGAGGAUGAAGAAAGCUUUUCAGAAACUCAUUUGUGUGCCCCUCGGUAUUGAUGAUGAUGACAAGUAUAUCCCUCCAAAUGAUGACCCUCAUGCAAACAUGGUGAUUGAGGCUAUAAAGAAUGAUAAGCUUCACCAAAUGGAAAGGGAGAGGAAAGCACUAGCAGAAAAAUACAUUAUGACCUCAGCCAAGCUUAUUGCUCCAGCCAUUGAGUCGUCAUUUGCAGCUGGGUUUGACUGGUGUGUGGACAUGGUGAAGGGUUCACAAUACGUGGAGCUUGCAAAUGACUUGGAGAUCAAUAAAGCUAUUACAUACUUAAGACAGAGGGACUUCAAACAGGCAGUCGAGACGCUAAAGAUGUUUGAGAAGAAGGACAGUCGGGUAAAAAGUGCUGCUGCCACUAAUCUUUCUUUUCUUUACUUUUUGGAAAAGGAUUUUGACCAGGCUGACCGCUAUGCUGAGCUGGCCAUGAGCGCCGACCGCUACAACCCUGCUGCCCUAGUGAACAAAGGCAACACAGAGUUUGUGAAGGAGGACUAUGAGAAAGCAGCAGAGUUUUAUAAGGAGGCUCUUCGUAAUGACUCAUCUUGCACUGAAGCUCUCUACAACUUAGGUUUGACCUAUAAGAGGCUGGGUAGACUGGAGGAAGCCCUGGACUGCUUCCUCAAACUGCACGCUAUCCUCAGAAACAGUGCUCAGGUCAUGUACCAGCUGGCUAAUCUAUAUGAGAUGUUGGAGGACCCUCAUCAGGCCAUUGAAUGGCUGAUGCAGCUCACCAGUGUGACCCCCACAGAUGCCCAGGUGUUGGCCAAACUGGGAGACCUUUAUGAUAAUGAAGGAGACAAGUCACAGGCCUUCCAGUACUAUUAUGAGUCAUACAGGUAUUUUCCCUCAAACAUUAGUGUCAUUGAAUGGUUGGGAGCAUAUUACAUCGACACCCAGUUCUGUGAAAAAGCUAUUCAGUACUUUGAGAGAGCUACCCUCAUUCAACCGACACAGGUGAAGUGGCAGCUGAUGGUGGCUAGCUGUUACAGAAGAAGCGGAAAUUAUCAGAAGGCACUUGAGACCUACAAGGACAUUCAUCGGAAAUUUCCUGAAAAUGUUGAAUGUCUACGCUUCCUGGUCAGGCUGUGCACAGAUAUGGGACUAAAGGAGGUGCAGGAUUAUGCCACCAAACUCAAGAAAGUUGAAAAAAUGAAGGAGAUCAGAGAGCAGAGGGUGAGGUCUGGGAGAGACAGCAGUGCUCGAAGCCGCAGGGAAGGCAGCGCUGGCAGUGAUGUGGAUCUCUUGUCAGGUGAUGUCCCGUUAUCAGCUUCAGGCAGUGCUGGGUUCAAAGGGAGCAGCUCAAGCCCCAUCAAUACCCCUCCUCUGAGAGCCAGUGUUUCUCGCUCAGAAGCUAAGUAUAGUCCUGUGCUGGAGCAGGGCAGGGACAGUGGACAGAGCAACCAUGGCACCAGCGCCAAGGGUGAGAGGCUUAGCGUUAAACUGAAAACUCUUCCAGGAUCCAAUGAGCCGUAUGAGGCCAGCACCCAGCAGGAAAUAGAUGCUUCGUAUGUCGAUCCUUUGGGGCCUCAAAUGCAGAGACCGAAAACUGCAGCGAGGAAACGCACUGAGGAAGAUGAGUUUGCUGAUGAAGAGCUGGGAGAUGACUUACUGCCUGAGUGAUGUGUGCAACGGAUAUCAAUUCAGUGGAAUAUCUGAUAUAUGCCAAGCCACUAAAUUUGUCUGUAUUUUUGUAGUACUGUAUUUUUAGUAGUACUAAAGUACAAAUUCUUUUCCAGGCAUCUUAUAUCUCAUUUCAUUAUGCUUUACUAUAUUUUGUAAUAAUACAUUUAGGGAUAAUACAGUUUAUUACAAAUUAUUUAUUUCAUUCAUUUUGUGCAUUGUAAAGACAUCAACUUUUGUACUAUCUGCAUACAGUGAUGGUAAAGAUGUAAGUGUAAAAUAUUAAAGUACAGUAUAGACUUUU